GAAGGUAACCUCCUUCGGAAGUCGGCAAAGCAGCAGCAGCAGCAGCGGUGGGGCAGGCUCAUGCUUUGCUUCGGCAGCAGCACCGGAAGAUCCACAAGAAGAGCGACCGCGGCCGCAGCGCUUUCUCCCCCUCCAUCAUCUCCGCUUCCAGCUGAUCCAGAGGAGGAUGGGGAAGGAAUCAAUGGGAGGAGGUGGAGGAAUAGAGAUCGCAGCCCACUCUCAGAGCGCAGUGCCCCGACGACAUCAGCGGCAGAAUCUGUCGCCGCUUCACCCGUCUCCUCCGCCAUCAACCUUAGCAGAGAGUACACGCACGCCGUCACCACGAGCUCCUUCCAGGAGAUAUGGUCCAAGAUCCACUAUGACCAGUCCGAGGGGGAGGGCGAGUGGUGGGACGAGGAGGAGAUGACCGACUUAGCUAUGGAGGCGGUGGAGGAGGGGGCUCCUCCGUCAUCAAGCCGCAUAAUCGCGCAGGUCCUCCAGCCGGACCGGACCUCGAUUGAAGAGGCCCUUCAUGGUGCGCCUCCCACCCGCCUCGCCAGACUCGUUUCGGACUAUUUCGACGGCAGCGAGCACACAUCCCGCUUCUGCCUCUCCCUCGUUCGAGCUGUCCGCCGCGCCCGCUCCCUCUACGCGCCAAUCGGCGACCUUAUUGAUCUCCUCCCAACCUCCACGGCAGUCGAUGACUUUCCCGCCCGUCUGACCGAGGCCCAGUGCGACUUGGCUUUCGACAGAUUCCUCGAGUUCGACCGGCUGGGCAAUCCCUUCACGGCUCCUUCCAGCGACGGCAGCUGCAGUUUCCAGGGUCUGCGGGGAUGCUUCGCUGAGCUUAAGCAGCAACUGGAGCUCCGCCUACUCAAGGCCAGCCGGAGGUACCGGCUGAUGUGUUGCGCCACCCGAGGGUCCGGCGCCUGUUUGAUCGUCUCAACCAUCGGCCUCGCUGUGACUGGAGUGGUUUUGGCCACGCAUGCACUGGUAACUCUCAUGGCUGGGCCUGCUUUAUUUUCUGGGGGCUGCCACCGAAUGGUAGACGUACCAAGACUGAGGAAACGGCAGAGGGAUUACAUAGCCCAGCUGGAGGCUGCCUCACGAGGGGUGUACGUGAUUAACAACGACCUGGACACAAUCGACCGCCUGGUGGCAAGGUUGCAUGCGACGGUGGAGAGUGACAGGGUGCUGGUGCGGCUGGGUCUGGAAAGCGGGAAGCGUCAGCAGCACCCCAUCCAAGAGGUGUUGCACCAUCUCCGCAAGAACCACCCCAGCUUCCUCCACCAGCUUGAGGACCUCGAGGAGCAUGUCUGCCUUUACUUUGCUGCCGUCAACCGCGCCAGGUUCCUCCUUUUUAGGCAGAUCCAACAGCAGCCACUACCACCUUAAUUUACGGCACUGACAUGUCUUUGUUGUGGAUUUAUCUUGCUACGUAUCAGGUGAUCUCACAUUGACUCCUUUCCUUUUAAGGCGGUAAAGUGAUUUCUCUUUCAAAUAUUGGUACUUUUUUUCCUCAGCCACUCACUUAAUAGUGCUAUGUGAGAACAAUUGCAGAUGCUGCAAAAUUUUAUCAUUCAGGAUAAUUUUGUUCAAAUGGUGUUAUAUUACUGCAAAUUGCAAAAUAACUGAGUUUGUUGGAUCA